UUCGUUUUUCUCAAAAAUCCCCAAAAUACAGCAAAAAAACAAACCCUAGAAAUCUCUCUAAUGGCACCAAAGAGAAAGGCAACUGUGGGAGAGCCAUUGUCGACACGUGUAACCCGUAGCCAAACCAGGAAUGGCAACUCGAAACCCGUUUCAGUUGACCCGGUUUCACCAAAACCAAAACGGGUCAAAAAGGGUACCGUUUCUGAGGCGAAAUCGAAAGUGAAGGCUCCAGUUGAUUCCGGGUCGAAGAAGAUUGUUGUUGUUGAGCACUGUACACAGUGCAGUCAGUUCAAGAUUCGGGCUGUGAAGGUGAAGGAGGAGCUGGAAAAAGGGGUACCCGGCUUGGAGGUUCGGGUCAACCCGGAAAAGCCGAGAAGGGGUUGUCUUGAAAUCCGGGUCGAUGGUGAAAAGGGGGAGAAGUUUGUUAGCCUUUUGGAUAUGAAGAGGCCAUUUGGACCUAUGAAGGCACUUAAUAUGGACAAGGUCAUUUCUGAAAUUAUUGAGAAAAUUAAGUGAUAAAUUUUAAUUUUAUUUUGCUUAAUGGGGAAAUUUGGUGGUUUUGUUAUGACAAUUUACUAAGUGUUUUUGGGGAUUUAGGAUUAUGUUUGGAUUAAGGGUAUGAUUUUGUGUUUUGUAUGGCUAAGUACUUGAUAUUUUCAAUCCAUUUGAGCCCUUUGAAAAAAUAUGGAAACAAAUUGUUGUAAAUUUUGCUUUUCUUUUCCCCUUGCAUUUUGCAACUAUGCUUAAAAUGAAAUGAUUACUGUGGUUGAAAUUU